GCCAUAGCUAAGUAAGUCAUGUACCCCACACAUUCACAAAGAAUACACACAAAUCCUAUAUUGUAGGAUUCUAACAUCAAAGGGAUAGAGAAGGCUCUAGUGUAGCAGACACAAAAGCCAUGGCCAUGGCGAAACUCAUGUGCUUAUGUUUCAUCAUCCUCACUAUUGGGGUAGUCGUGUCGGCUGACGAAUGCGACGGUGAUCGACAAGACAUGAUCAGGGAGUGUGGUAAGUAUCAUAAAUUCCCAGCAGAACCGAAGCUAGCUCCAUCAGAUGCGUGUUGCGCCGUGGUGCAGAAGGCAAACAUCCCAUGCCUUUGCGCCGGUGUCACCAAGGAGAUAGAGAAGACAUGGUGUAUGGAGAAGGUUGGCUACGUUGCCAAUUUCUGCAAGAAGCCAUUCCCACAUGGCUACAAGUGUGGAAGUUACACAUUCCCUCCUCUAGCGUAAUGACUAAUUUAUCAGCGGGAGAAGCAUCGGCUUUUACAUUCCAUGUUGCUGGCCUCACAACAACUUUCCUUUGAGAUAUGUAAUUUUUGAGGUUGUGCUAAAUUAAGUUUAAGUUAAGCAUUGUAUGUGAACGUUUGUUAAACUAAUAAAGUCUUCUCCUCAAAUUGUCUAAA